AUUUUUAGGAUUUUUUUUGUUUUUUUUUGUUUUUUAAUUUCUUCUUGGGUCAAUGCCUUCUCUCUCCCUCGUCUUUUCAGUUUCCCAGUUUCUUUAAUUUCUUCCGUAUUGUUUCUUCAAACAUCUUCACAGUGGCGACAUCACCAUCUGUGAGCAAGUUUCAUCAUCAUCAUCUUCUUCUUCUUCUUCUUCUUCUUCUGAUUUGUGUUUUCUUAUUCCGGUGACUUGGGUUCAAUCAGAUCUCGUCUUUGGUUACUUCUGAUCCGAAGCUGAAUCUCUCUACUUGGAGGGUUCUAUUCAUUUGGGGUAUCUCUUGGUUUCCUUGGGACAUCUCGUUGAUUUGGAGUUUUGUUACUUCUAGUUUCAACCCACUGGAGAUUUGAGCUGUCCUAGCUUGCAAUGAAACACGAUGUCGUUGAUUUAGAAGAUGGGAAGACAGGAAAAUCCGGAGAUAAACCAUUGCAAAGAAAGAUACAUAAUCGGGCUUUGUUAUCGGGUUUAGCUUAUUGCAUUUCAUCAUGCAGCAUGAUUCUUGUGAACAAGUUUGUCCUUUCCAGCUACAACUUCAAUGCUGGGAUAUUUUUAAUGUUAUACCAGAACUUCGUCUCCGUGAUCAUUGUGGUGGUUUUGAACUUAAUGGGUCUAAUAACUACAGAACCCCUGACCUUGAAGUUAAUGAAGGUCUGGUUUCCAGUGAAUGUGAUAUUUGUUGGCAUGCUUAUUACGAGUAUGUUUAGUUUGAAGUACAUCAAUGUAGCAAUGGUCACUGUCCUGAAGAAUGUCACUAAUGUGAUAACUGCUGUUGGUGAGAUGUAUCUAUUCAACAAGCAACAUGACAACAGAGUGUGGGCUGCUCUCUUCUUAAUGAUAAUUUCUGCAGUUUCUGGAGGGAUAACAGACCUAUCAUUCAAUGCUGUUGGCUAUGCUUGGCAGAUUGCUAAUUGCUUCUUAACUGCAUCAUACUCUCUAACUUUGAGAAAGACCAUGGAUACAGCUAAGCAGGUUACUCAAUCGGGAAACUUAAACGAGUUCUCCAUGGUCUUGCUUAAUAACACACUUUCAUUACCACUGGGGCUUCUGCUUUCUUUUUCUUUCAACGAGAUGGAUUAUCUGUAUCAAACGCCUCUUCUGCGAUUGCCAGGUUUCUGGAUGGUCAUGACACUUAGUGGACUUCUAGGACUGGCCAUUAGUUUCACUUCAAUGUGGUUUCUUCAUCAAACUGGAGCAACAACAUACAGCCUGGUGGGAUCGCUAAACAAGAUACCUUUAUCCAUUGCGGGGAUUGUUCUUUUCAAUGUACCAACCAGUUUACAGAACUCAGCAAGUAUACUCUUUGGUCUAGUCGCUGGAGUUGUAUUUGCCAGAGCCAAAAUGAGGGAGAAGUCCUAAUACCCUUCACAACUCCAACACAUUUUCCUACAUCAAUCAGUAUAGGACAUGGCAAAAGAUGACUAAAGCAGAGCAAUGAUUAUAUUUACAAUACUGCAUGUGUUUUUUGUAACUACUAAAAGCAUUCGUCACUCUGUUUGUAGAAGACAAUUAGUAAAAUAUUGAUGAAUGUAUCGAUUCUUGAGUGCUAAAAGAUUUUUUUUUUACUUUUGUAUGUGUUCUAACAUCACCAAAGUCUCUGUAUCAUCAUUUGCAGUUACAUUUCUGCAAAUAUCUAGGAAAUAUUAUGGCUCUUUGAUUGGUGAUCUCUUCA